AUGGCACCUGUCGGCCUCAUGCUCUGGGGAUGUGGAAUCCAGAACCGUCUACCGUCCAUGGUCUCGAUUGUCGGUACGGCUAUCACGUACGGUGUACUCUGCGCGGUGUCGGCAGUAGGGAUGACCGACGUCGUGGACAGCUACAGACCGCUCGCUGGAGAAACGAUGACCAUUCUGACGGCUUUCAAGAACACGUUUGCGUUUGGUCUCAGCUUUGCGGUUUUUCCCUGGUUAGCAAAGGAUGGCUUUGUCAAGGGGAGGACAGUUGCCGUUGCUUCUCUGCGGUAUGAUGGGGGCGUUGCUGACCUCUUCAGGCGUCCGGUUACAAUGUCCUUAUCGAAGGGUUGA